GAAAUUUAGAUUAAAUGGUGUUUGUUAUGAGUCAGUUUCAUAAUGCUUUGUACUUGGGUGAUGUUCAAGAACAAAUCAAGAUUUUGGAAAAUGCUGAUCAUUUGCCACUAGCUUAUGUUACAGCUAAGACCCAUGGGUUGAAUGAUAUUGCUGAACGUCUUGUUGCUGAGCUUAAAGAUAAUGUUCCAGCUUUGACUAGUGAAACCCCGAAAGACAUCAUGGCCAGGUCAUCAGUAUUUGUGGCACCGACACCUGGCAUGCCUGUAAGCCAAAUUUGGGUCCAGAAAUCAUCUGUGGGUGCUGAACAUGCAGCAGCAGUAAACUUUGACACUGCAGUGCGGUUGCUAAAACGCCAGCUGGGAUUAAAGAAUUUCACACAGUUGAAACCGUUAUCUAUUGAUCUUCACAGGGGAAGUCAUUCUUACCUGCGUGUUUUCUCAUCAUCUCUAGUAAUCUAAUAAGUCAUUGUAAAAGGUUGGAGUGAUCAGCAAGCCCCAACGUCCGGGGCCCCACUUGCGCUCGUGUUUAGUUUUUCCCAAUUGGAAGAUCAACUCAAGGCUCGUGGUUUAUAGUUAACGAUGUUAGUCAGUACGAGUUGAGAGCUUACUUUAUUCACUGUAAUAUUCAGCUGCCUCACUUCGAGAUUAGCAUUAAUUAAUGCUAUGGGUGUAUGUUUUAAGACGGGUAAUCUUAUAACAGCAUCAAGCUUCGCUAGGCAUUUAUUAGAGACUAAUCCUAAUGAAAAUCAUGGUCAGAAAGCCAGGUCCGUUAUUCAGGCAGCAUAAAGGAACAUCAAGCAUUCCACACAGCUGAAUGACGACUAUAGAUGUGUCGUGUCCUUACCGGAGACAUCAAGCAUAAAGGAACAUCAAGCAUUCCACACAGCAUAAAGGUCCGUUAUUCACUCAUGUUCCUAUUUAUCGGAGACAGAAAGAUGUGUCGUGUCCUUACCGCACUUCAACUUUUGUUGCAUCUCAGGAAGGACAAAUUUGUGCCUUUUGUAAUCUUUUAGUGGUUGGAUCUGAUCAUCUAGUUUAUAUCAGAUGAUUACUAUCAGGUGGGAUUUUAUUCAUAAUACUUAAAAAAAAUGCACCAGUAGAGAGUUAAAUACAUGUCCUGCAUAUUCCUGCUGCUGUUGGUGUCGCUCGCUGACUGGUAUGUCCUACUGUUUCGUUUCACGAAAGAGAACACCAUGGUAUAAAAACUCGAACUGAUUUUGGUAUCAACUUAGUUUCUUGUAUUUUAAUAUUUUCUGCACCUAAUUUUCAGUUUUUUAACAUUUUGAGAGAUUUUCUAUUGAUAUUACUGUAAUUCGAACUUGCACGUUAU